CCGCAGCCGUCCGAACUGGUGCCAAAUAAUCAUGGAGAUCAGUCAAAAAGACUUCAGACACAAUCCGCUGACCACUGCCAGGUGUCUAUCAAAGGUGUUUUUGUGCUGGCUGACCCCGUUGCUGCACCUUGGCCGCAAACGGAGGUUGGAGGAAAGUGACAUGUACGGCGUUCUUCUCGAGGAUCAGUCUGAAGUACUGGGAGAGGAACUGCAGAGAUUUUGGGACCAUGAUGUUAGAAAGGCUAUGAAGGAACUUCGGAAGCCAAAACUCAGCAGAGUUCUUAUUCAGUGCUAUGGGAAGUCCUACGCAAUGACUGGGCUGUUUACAUUUUCUCUGGAGGCAAUUAAAGUGAUCCAGCCACUUCUUCUGGGGAAAGUCAUCCUGUACUUUGAAAAUUAUGACCCAGACGACCAGAGGAGUCUCUGCAUUGUGUGUGGUUACGCUGCUGCAAUGUGCCUCUCCUCCUUCGCACUGACCGUCCUCCAACACCUCUACUACUACUGCGUCCAAAGAACUGGCAUGAAGAUCAGAGUGGCCAUGUGUCACAUGAUAUACAGGAAGGCUCUCGGUCUCAGCAGUGAAUCCAUGGGGCAAACAACCACCGGGCAAAUCGUGAACCUCCUUUCAAAUGAUGUCAAUCGUUUUGAUGAGAUUACACUCAACCUGCACUACCUGUGGGUGGGGCCUCUUGAAGCGAUGGUGAUCAUCGUUUUCCUCUGGUACCAGAUCGGACCCUCAUGUCUGGCAGGUAUGGUAAUCCUUUCCCUCAUGAUGCCUGUACAGUCCUUGUUCGGGAAGCUCUUUGGCAUCUUCAGGAGCAAAACAGCAGUCCUUACUGACAAUAGAAUCCGCAUCAUGAACGAAGUGGUGUCUGGCAUCAGGAUUAUCAAGAUGUAUGCCUGGGAGAAACCCUUCUCAGCUCUGGUUACGGAAGUCAGAAGGAAAGAAAUCAAUCAGAUAUUGAAGAGCUCCUACCUCCGAGGACUCAACAUGGCCUCCUUCUUUGCCAGCAGCAAAAUCAUCGUCUUUGUUACCUUCACUGUCUACGUUCUCCUGGGCAACACCAUCACUGCCAGCAUUGUGUUUGUCACAGUUUCUCUUUAUGGUACAAUCAAGCUCACGGUCACCCUGUUCUUCCCACUGGCCAUCGAGAAGUUGUCGGAGACGGAGGUCAGCGUUCGCAGGAUUGAGGAAUUUCUCCUGCUGGAUGAGAUUGAGAGAAAAAACUUGCGGUUUCCUCUGGAGGAAAAGAAGGACGACUGCAUUGAGAUUGAGAAGCUGACCUGCUACUGGGAUAAGAGUUUGGACGCUCCCUCACUGCAGAACGUCUCUAUCACAGUGAAGUCCAACCAACUCCUGACUGUAAUUGGCCCAGUGGGGGCUGGAAAGUCAUCUCUGCUGAGCGCCAUCCUGGGAGAGCUGCCUCGCGACACGGGAAAACUAAAGGUCAAAGGUCAGCUGACAUAUGCCGCCCAGCAGCCCUGGGUGUUCCCUGGAACCGUACGAAGUAACAUCCUGUUUGGGAGAGAACUCAACCCCCAGCAGUAUGAGAGAGUCCUCAGCGCCUGCGCUUUAAAGAGGGACCUGGAGCUGCUCCCAGACGGAGACCUGACUCUGGUCGGGGACAGAGGAGCCACACUCAGCGGGGGACAGAAAGCUCGAGUCAACCUGGCGAGGGCUGUGUAUCAGGAUGCAGACAUCUACCUCCUGGACGAUCCUUUGAGUGCUGUGGAUGCCGAGGUCGGCAGACACCUCUUUGAACAGUGCAUCUGUGGCCUGCUGAAGAACAAGUGUCGUAUCCUGGUCACCCACCAGCUGCAGUACCUGCAUGCAGCUGACCACAUUGUUGUCCUCAAGGAGGGUCGUGUCAUGGUUGAGGGUUCCUAUAAUGAGCUUCAGCGCUCUGGCCUCGACAUCCAGUCCCUGCAGAGAAGCGACGAGGAGCAGGAGCGCUGGUCUCGAUCACCUGAGCCAGACAAACUGUCGCUAUGCAGCCAGAGGACGGCUCACUCGCACAGUUCACACAGCAGCCUCCUGUCUCCAGGGAGCGACCACGCUGAGCAGCUUCCGGUUGAAACAGGUCAUACCAUGGCAGAGGAGACUCGAGCUGAAGGAAAUGUUGGCGGCCGCAUUUAUCUGAAGUACUUCACUUCAGGCCGUAACCCUCUGGUGUUAUUGGUUGUAGUGCUGCUCACUGUCACAGCUGAGGUUGCAUAUGUUAUGCAGGACUGGUGGCUGGUCUACUGGGCGAGAGAGGAGUUUUUUAACCGCACAGCUGCUGAUGUUCGCAUUGAAACUGGCAUGAACGCUACUUACUCAGAUCAAGAGUUGAAUCUCCCAUUUUACCUUGGCAUUUACUCAGGUUUGACAGCAGCCGCUGUCGUCUUUGGCUUUGUCAGGAGCUUAUUGAUCUUUCAUGGGUUAGUGAGAUCAUCUCAGGCUCUGCAUGACAGCAUGUUCAGAGCUGUCCUCCGCACGCCUGUUCGCUUCUUUGACGUCAACCCCAUAGGAAGGAUUCUCAACAGGUUUUCCAAAGACAUCAGCCAGAUGGACUCCAUGUUACCCAUCACCUUUAUGGACUUCUAUCAAUUAUUUUUACAGAAUGUUGGCGUGGUCGCCGUGGCAGCCUCAGUCAUCCCUCUCAUCCUCAUCCCCGUCAUUCCUCUGAUUUUUGUCUUCCUGUACUUGAGACAUUUCUACCUCCGUACAUCACGAGACAUCAAACGCCUCGAGUCUACAACUCGGAGUCCAGUGUUCUCCCACCUGUCUUCGUCUCUUCAGGGCCUGUGGACGAUCCGAGCCCUCAGAGCCGAGGAGAGGUUAACGAAAGCCUUUGAUGCACAUCAGGACCUGCACUCAGAGGCAUGGUUUUUGUUCCUGAUGACCUCCCGCUGGUUUGCCCUUCACCUCGACAGCAUUUGCUCAAUAUUUGUCACCUUUGUAACAUUUGGCUGCAUCCUACUCAGAGAUGGGCUCAAGGCUGGAGAGGUGGGCCUGGUGCUGACCUAUGCUGUGACCCUGGUAGGAAACUUCCAGUGGACGGUGAGGCAAAGUGCUGAGGUGGAGAACAUGAUGACGUCAGUGGAGAGGGUGGUGGAGUACACCGAGCUGGAGAGCGAAGCCCCCUGGGAAACGGAGAAGCGUCCUCCUCCCGAUUGGCCGAGCAAAGGCCUGGUGACCUUUGACCAGGUGAACUUUUCCUACAGUAGCGAUGGACCGCCGGUACUCAAAGACAUAAGCGUCACCUUCCAACCCAACGAGAAGGUGGGCAUCGUGGGCAGGACCGGUGCCGGGAAAAGCUCUCUGGUGUCGGCUCUCUUCCGCCUGGCAGAGCCUCAGGGGAAGAUCUACAUCGAUGGCGUUCUGACCUCUGAGAUCGGCCUCCACGACCUGCGCCAGAAGAUGUCCAUCAUUCCUCAGGACCCGGUGCUGUUUACUGACACAGUGAGGAAGAACCUGGACCCUUUCAGCCAGCACUCUGACGAGGAACUGUGGAAUGCUCUGGAGGAGGUGCAGCUCAUGUCGGCGGUGGAGGAGCUGCCCGGGAAGCUGGAGACGGUCCUGGCAGAGUCGGGCUCCAACUUCAGCGUGGGCCAGAGGCAGCUGGUGUGCCUGGCCAGAGCCAUCCUGAGGAAUAACCGCAUCCUCGUCAUCGACGAGGCCACGGCCAACGUGGACCCCAGUACGGACAAACGGAUCCAGAAAACCAUCCGAGACAAGUUCAGAGAAUGCACCGUGCUCACCAUCGCUCAUCGUCUCAACACCAUCGUGGACAGCGACAGGAUACUGGUUAUGGGUGGUGGUACCAUCCAGGAGUUAGACCGUCCCUUCGCCCUGCUGCAAAACAAAGAGGGUGCCCUCUACAAGAUGGUGCAACAGACGGGCCUGGCCGAGGCAGCUGCCCUGCUGAAGUCAGCUGGACUGAGGCAACAGAGAAGUGUUGACAGCCCAGCAGACCAAGAUUCGUAGAGACUACCAUAGUCUCUGAGAACACGCAACCUUUCAUUUAUUUUGAAAGGUGCAGAAUGAACCUGCUUAUGUUAAAGGAAGUCUUUUUCUGCUAACGGGUAAUAGAAUGGAGAAACUGACAUUUUAUUUUCAGUUCUGACACUCUGCAGAAAAGUUGGACGUUGUAUUGUUUCUUUAAAAUCAUACUUUUAUAAUCAUACAUUGCUACACGUGAAUAAGACAAUCGUCUCACGCAGGUGUCCAGUGAAUGUGGACGUGUGAUAUUUACUGUCCAAAGUAAGUGCAACUGUGAAAUCUUUGAAUUGUAAUGCAAACUGUCUCGUGUGCAUCUUUUAUACAUUGUUUUGUUGAAACGGUUGCUCAGUCCUUGACUUGAUGAGGUGAACAUUUGUUUUCCCUUUCUGUAUACAUAUGAGUUUUGAUCCAAAGGACAUCACCAAAGUAACUGUCUUUACCAAAGCGAAUUUACCCGAAAAUACCUACAAACAACAUACCCAAAGUAAAUUGAAAGCUGCUCUUCAACCAUUUGCACCAGCUGCAUGAUGUUGGUCUCAUUCAAAAGAUAACUCUCU